GGCGGAGGCGCGGCCUGGCGGAACGCCAACGCCAAGCACGACGCGGCGGCCAAGGCCGUGGAGCGCGCCGCGGCGCAGGUGGCCCAGGCGCAGCAGCGCGAGCUGGAGGCGAUCCGCACGCUGGCGCAGGCGGAGCUGGCCAAGAGGACGGCAGUGAGGGCCCUCGCGGCCGAGGCGGGCUUCACUCCCUCCGUCACAGCGGCCCCGCUCGAGAAGGCAGCGGCCAACGA